CCCGGCACCGACCGCUGCCGUGCUCUCGCUCGCAAAGCAACAGCACCGCCGCCCCGACUCCCAAGCGGCGCGAACGCGCUGACCCACCGACCGUCGCCAAGUCGCGCUUCGGAGCGAGCCAUGGGUCGCGGGGAAGGCCGCAGCAGCCGCAGCAGCAGCAGCAGCAGCGAUGGCGGGUCGAGCGAGUGCGGUGCUGGGAAGAAGAAGAAGCAGCGACGCUCAUGGAGCCGACUGGAGAUCGCGCUGACGGUGACGGCCUCUCUGUUCGUGGUGGCCUGCGCCGCUCUCAUCGCCGUCGCCUGGCUCGCCGUGGAGGACAGCAAACAGAGCGGCAAGACAGAGAGGACUGCGCUGUCUGGCAGCAUGAAGAUCGUCACCGGAGUCGAGUUCACGCCGGCGCUCCUCGACCGCGAGUCGGCCGAGUUCAAGACGCUCGCCUUCGACUUCGAGAAAACGAUCAACGACGUCUAUUCCGCCAGCGCUAUGAAGAAUGACUACAUCAGCUGCAAGGUGCUGACGUUCAGGUCGGGCAGCGUGCUCACCUCCUUCGGGCUCGAGUUCUUCUCCGGGUCCUCCGUGCAAUCGGUGGUGGACGAGGCGCUGGCGACGCUCAAGGAGGCCAUCGUGCCCCUGGGCGGCGGGUCCACGGAUGGCCGGCUCGGACGCUUCACGGUCGACUCGACGAGCGUGGACGUCAACGGUGUGAAGCCCACGGAGCCCGGGAAACCGCCAGGAGAAACGAGUACUCCCAAGACAACAACUCAGCCAGGCAAAACGACCACCACCAAACAACCCCCGACAGGCAAACCGACAACCCCCAAAGAACCCUCGACAGACGUUUGCUCGCUGGGCCAGAAGCAGUGCCACAACAGCAGCACGGCGUGUGUCUACGAGGAGCUCUUCUGCGAUGGGAACGUGGACUGCUCAGAGGGCUCCGAUGAGACGCCCACGGACUGCGCCUUCUGCCCGCUGCUGUUCACGUGCGGGGACCGCUCGUGCGUGCCCUCGUUCCGCGUCUGCGACGGCAAAGACGACUGCGCCGACGGGAAGGACGAGCAGGGCUGUGUCCACCUGGCACUGGGGGAGUCACACAGCCUGCAGCUGUCUAGCGGCACGGUGGACGUGAGCGUGGCGGCGUCGUUCCACGCGGCCUGCGCCGACAACUGGAACGGUCACCUGUCCGUCGCCGUGUGUCGCCAGGUCAGCCAGGGGCCCCCGAAGUACGCGACGUCGGUGCUGGCCUCCGACUACGCCUACACGAGCUUCGCUCUCGUCAUCAACGCGCCGGACAACCCCGUCGACUACCUCCAGAGCGCCAUCGGUGCCGUGACCACCAAGUGUCCGAGCGAGAGGCUCAUCUUCGUGGCGUGCGAGCCAAUGAGUGCGGCCUGCAGCCAGCCCUGCAGCCAGCGGUGUCGCGUCACGGAGAGCCGGCGCAGGCGGGCAGCUGGCCUUGGAUGGCGUCGCUCUCCGUGGCACGGAGGCAUCGGUGCGGCGCCUCGACUCAUCAACAACGAGUGGCUGGUCACGGCCGCUCACUGCAUCGUCAACACUGACCCCAACUCCCUGCAGGUGGUGCUUGGCUCGCUGGCCACGGUGGCGGGCAGCAUCCCGGCGGGCGCCGUGGUGCGGUCGGUGCGCGCCCUGCUGCCCCACCCGUGCUACGGGGACGCCGCGUGCAGCCCCACGGCCGUGGACUACGACGUGGGCCUCGUGCGCCUCGCCAGCCCCCUCGAGGGCAGCGUCACGGCCUCGGGCCUGGUGGGGCCGGCGUGCGUCCCCCCAGGCGACUUGGUCUUCAACGACGGCGAGCUGUGCUUCACCUCCGGCUGGGGCAAGGACGGCGCCGGCGCACUGCCCAGCGUUCUGCAGGAGCUGCGCAUCCCCAUCAUGAACCAGCAGCUGUGCAACGAGUCGAUCCACGUGGGGAAGGUGUCGCCCAGGAUGAUCUGCGCCGCCUACAAGGCCGGGCACGCCGGCGUGUGCUCCGGAGACAGUGGCGGACCGCUGGUGUGCCAGCGCUUCGACGGGCGCUGGUACCUGGCCGGCAUCACCAGCUGGGGCUUGGUCGACUCGGAGGGGCGCUGCUCCGUCAACUACGACGUCUUCGCACGCGUCACCUCCUUCUCCUCCUGGAUCGAGUCCAUCCAAUCGCAGGCGGUGUGCGGUGCCGGCGAGCUGUCGUGCGACGCGGUGUCGUGCGUGCGUCGCCGCGCGAUCUGCGACGGCGUGGAGAACUGCGCCGACAAGACCGACGAGGCCAACUGCGCUUCGGGCUGCGAUGACAAUUUCCUCUUCACGGAGACGUCGGGAGAGUUCCACUCCAUCAACUACCCCCAGAACUACGAGGACAACACGAACUGCCGAUGGAUCAUUCAGGCCCCCCAAGGUCACGCCAUCGACUUCACGUUCUCCGCCUUCAGCGUGGAGUUCAACUACGACUUCCUGCGCAUCUACAGCGGACUCGGAGAGGACAUGCUGCUGAGAGCUUCGCUCACGGGAACCGAGAACCCCGGUUUGGUGCGACUCUUCUCCAACGUGGCCACCGUCGAGUUCUCGAGUGACGUCAGCCUCAACAGCAGCGGAUUCGCCGCUCGCUACAGCUCCUUCUUCUUCGGAGACCUCUCCAACAAGGAGCUCAUCGACUGCACGUUCGAGUCGGGCUGGUGCUACUGGGAGCAGGACCCCUACGACAGCGCCGACUGGGAGCGGCUGAGGGGCCCCAGCAGCCCCCAGGGCUCCGGCCCGGACGUGGACCACACCGUCGGCGACGCUACCGGCUACUACAUCCGCGGGUCGGUGAACGGCGUGGCGGCCAGCCUCGUCAGCCAGCUGCUCGCUCCGCAGACAUCGACGGCGUGCUUCCAGUUCUGGUACCACAUGCACGGGGUGGACGUCUACCGCCUCACCGUGUUCCUGCGGAGGGAGGGAGCGGCCGACUCUCUCCUGUGGCAGAAGGAGGGGAACUACGGCAACCAGUGGCACUACGGGCAGAUCGCCAUCAGCCAGACGCAGAGCUUCAAGGUGGUGGUGGAGGCGCGCCGCAGGCUGCACCAGCUGUUCAACGAGAUUGCGCUGGACGACGUGGCGCUCAUCCCCGGGGUCUGCCCCCCCCCGCCCUCAGAGCCCCCGAUUAUCACCACCACCGCCCCCCCGUGUCCCCCGGGCCAGUUCGUGUGCGCCGACAUCUCGUGCGUCCCCCUGUCCGCUCGCUGCGACGGCAUCAACGACUGCAACGACGCCUCCGACGAAGCCUCCUGCAAUUCCGGCUGUGACGACAACUUCCUGCUCACGGGGAUGUCCGGGAGCUUCAACUCCAUGAACUUCCCCGGGGACUACAACGACAACGCCAACUGCCACUGGAUCAUCCGGGCCCCAGAUGACUACGCCGUCCAAAUCUCGUUCUCGGCCUUUGCGCUUGAAAACAGAUACGACUUCCUCAAGAUCUACAAGGGCCUGGGCCCCGACAAGGAGCUCCAAGCCUCGUUGACGGGAACGAGCAUUCCAGGCGACGUGCGGGUCUUCAGCCACGAGCUCACCGUGGAAUUCACCUCCGACGCGAGUCAAACAGACAGCGGCUUCAGUGCCACCUUCACAGCGUUUGACUUCUCCGGACUCACGAACAAGGAGCUGGUGGACUGCUCCUUCGAGUCGGGCUGGUGCUACUGGGACCAGGACCCUUAUGACAGCGCUGACUGGGAGCGGUUGAGCGGGCCCAGCUCUCCACCCAACACUGGCCCGGACGUGGACCACACCUUUGGGAAUUCUUCAGGGUUCUACAUCCGGAACCAAAACAGCGGCGUCGCCACAAGCAUCCGCACGUUUACCUUGGACCCCGAACCCAACCCCACGUGCCUCAAGUUCUGGUUCCACAUGUACGGGGUGGACGUCUAUCGCCUCUCCGUGUCCCUGCGGAGGGAGGGAGUGCCCGAUAUUCCCGCGUGGCUCAAAGAGGGGAACUACGGCAACGUUUGGCACUACGGGCAGCUCUCUUUCAUAGAAGCAAAUUCCUUCCAGGUGGUGUUUGAGGCCCGGCGGAGAGCCGGCAGCAGCGAGAUAGCGCUGGACGACAUCUCGCUGGAGCCUGGGCCGGUGACCCGAGCUGGAUUCCCGCUCACGGCCAACACGACCCCGUGUUCUCCGGAUGAGUUCGUGUGCGGGGACAUCUCCUGCAUCCCUCUACUCGCGCUCUGCGACGGCGUCACCGACUGCAACGACACCUCGGACGAAGUUGCCUGCAGUACGGCCCCAGAUGGCUACGCAGUCCAAUUCUCAUUCUCGGCCUUUGAUCUUGAAAACAAUUACGACUUCCUCAAGAUCUACAAGGGACUGGGCGCUGACAAGGAGCUCCAAGGUGAGCAGACCGAGGGAUUGGUAGACCGCUUCAUUGACGGGAACAAGCAACCCGGCGACGUUCGGGUCUUCGCUCACGAGCUCACCGUGGAGUUCACCUCCGAUAGCAGUCAAGUCAAAAGCGGCUUCAGCGCCUCCUUCAGCACAUUCGACUUCUCUGCUCUCACAAACAAGGAUCUGGUGGACUGCUCCUUCGAGUCGGGCUGGUGCUACUGGGACCAGGACCCUUACGACAGCGCCAACUGGGAGCGGCUGAGUGGGCCCAGCUCUCCAGCCACCACUGGCCCGGACGUGGACCACACCUUUGGGAACUCGUCAGGGUUCUACAUCCGGAACCAACACAGCGGCGUCGCCACGAGCAUCCGCACGUUUACCUUGGACCCCGAACCAAACCCCACGUGCCUCAAGUUCUGGUACCACAUGUAUGGGGUGGACGUCUAUCGCCUAUCCCUGUCCUUGCGAACCGAGGGAGUGGCUGACGUUCCCCUGUGGGUCAAGGAGGGGAACUACGGCAACCAGUGGCACUACGGGCAGCUCAACUUCAGCCAAUCACAGAACUUCCAGUGCUGA